ACCAAGCGAUGCAAGCAACCGUCCUGGUAACCUUCGUAAAUAUCUUUUUAACGACGGUUGUGCAGAGCGUGACGAGAACUAGCCAAUGAGUUCAUAGUUAAGAUUAUAGAUUUGCAAAAGGUUUUGAAGGUUCGUUAAACUUCAAUCUCUUUUUUGUAUGAUCUAGUGCUAAAUUAAAUAUCAUGUGCCUGAUUAAAUUUAAUACGAUAAUUUCAUCUGCAAGAAAUACAUACGGAAGUUAACUGUAUAGUGAAGAAAUACUAACAGUUAUUAAUGAUGCACCAACGCUGUAUAAAUUUACUGAAUGGUAGGCUAAGAAGACACGAUAUGCUAGGUAGGCUAAAAAAAUGUGUUUUGUAGACAAGCUAUGACCUGUUUCUUAGAAUACUAAAAACUGUAUUUUAAUACUGGUGAUGACUGGUCGAGUGUAUUCUAUUUAUUUAAUGGCAUUUUAGUGUGCCAUAUACGAGGGCAGUGGUUAAAGUUGUAGUGCUUGAAGAGAUUAUACUAAUUUAAAGGACUGAAUUAUAUACGUAAAAUAAACGAUAUUAAAUUUUGACGAAUGAAAUUAAAGUCUUGACAUUCAGUGGAUACAGGCAGAGAGGUAUAUAGAUUUCAUGAAAGUUCUCAGUGAUGGCAGCAUCAUCGCCUUCGCUGCAUCGGCAAUAUUCCGACUCAUCUCUGCUGUCAACUCAUCUUUGUUUAACAUUCCUUUCCCUUGGUCCACCCUCAAUCUGUUCAUCAGUGGGUGCGGCACUAAGUACGCGAGAAAAGGUGGCACAUGCUCUCAUGAUUGGCCCGCUUCCUAUGACGCUGCUCUUCGGGAUAUAGUUUCGAUUUCGAGGAAUGCUCGUGCACUCCGCAACCCUUCCUGCCAUACGAGUUUCCAGAUACCGCCAUGCAUUUCUCGUGUAGCGUUGUCUUUGUCGCACUCGUUAUGGCAACGAGAGACCAGUCUCCCGGUAGGCAGGGUGGGGGUAGCAGAAUAGGCGAGGUGCCGGGAAACUGUCCGAUCGGUGCUCCCUGCUGCAGCCGCGUUCGCGUUCGUCGUGGCGUAGAGGAGCAAACAGGAACGAAACUACGUUCGGUGGUUUUGUCUCCGGGUUCUGUGUCAGUCCGUGCACGGAUGUUCGACAAUGGCAUCUUGACGCGACGGUGGUGCUCCUUCGCGCCUCGGGCGUGAACAAAGCAAGGACGCGUUCUCUUGUCCGUGUUGUGUUCGAACGAAGUAACUGUGUCGCAAGUGGAGCAGUUUUCUUGUAUUUUGACCAGCUUCGACGUGCCCCAAGUCUGACCUCAUACAUUUCGUCGUACCGUUCCCGUUCCCUGUCCUGUUCCUAUUUUCGACCUGUCUACUCUUGUAUCAGUAACCAACUACUCUGCAAUUACAAUUCACCCCGUCGAUGACGAUUCCACGAAUGCCGAGACGAAGCGGAUCACUCGGGAGACUCCUCCAAAGACCGUCACCAGGUACUCGACCCGUACAGGUUUGACAGCUAUGAUCUCACGGAAGAGAAACCUUUCUGGAUAAAACGGACACAAGUGAUACGAUGCUCAUGGAUGUUGUAACAUCCUUUAGCGGAGAAAGGAAUGGAUAGUCUGACGGUAACAUCUUCAAGCAAGAACAGCUCCCGCAGUACAUCACCCAAUCGGGGAAGUGCCUCGACGUCCCAAGGCCAACACCACUCAUUGAUCAACCUGGAUCAUACACCGAGCUGCCAGUCCGGAGAAGGGAGUGCAGGCAGUGGCAGCAGCGGAGGAGGUGGUGGAGGCGGUGGUGGCAGCAGUAUAAGCAUGAAAGGUGGCAACAGGCAAAGAUCUCCAGGGGCCCUAAUACGCACAGGCGAUACCAUGGACGAGCCAACUACCAAUCCAAACACUGCCGAACCAGAUGAGUUUGUGCCAAAUGUUCGUCUAACAACAGACGACGAGGGAGAGGCUUAUCAUACCACGCAAUCGUUUCUUUCAAACGGAUCAUCGGAAUUAAUCACCGAUGACGUGGAUUCCGGCGGAGCCCGAGUUCGUCAAGCGAUUGAACACAUUCAAAGUAAAAUCGCAAAAACUCGGGAACUUAUACGGAUAGAACAAACUACUCGAGAUGAGAAUGUUAACGAGUACUUGAAAUUAGCUGCAAACGCUGACAAACAACAACUGACGCGGAUCAAGACAGUCUUUGAAAAGAAGAAUCAGAAGUCAGCACAUAGUAUUUCACAAUUGCAGAGAAAACUGGACAGUUACACCAAGAAACUGAAAAACUAUGAGAUGAAUGGAGCACCAGCUAGUCAUCGACAGCCUAGGGAAGUCCUUCGAGACAUGGGACAAGGACUCAAAAACGUGGGAGGCAAUAUUAGGGACGGAAUCACUGGUUUUUCAGGAAGUGUAAUGUCCAAGCCUCGAGAGUUUGCGCACCUGAUCAAAAAUAAAUUUGGCAGUGCCGACAAUAUAAACACUUUAUCGCAUGGCUCAACUUUUUAUGUAAACGAUACACCACGUGCAGGUAACGGUGAUAACGGUAGCGUUGAAGAUGAGAAAACGCAUCAUGGAUCUGCGACUCUUCCGGGCGGUUGCAGUUUAGUACCUACUCACAGCAGUGCGGUUAUGAAGUUCCCUUCGGAGGAGGGAUCAGAAUGUUCCAGUGUUACCAGCGAAAGUGUUCCGGGGAGCAGAGGACAGCCUCACGCUAGUCAAAGUAACAACGUUACGUUCAGCCUGAAGACGAUCUUCUCGGAGCUUCAGGUUCACCGGGAAAACCUCGACCACAUGAGGAAGGAACUUGAUAAUCUGAAGACUCUUCAACAAGAGGUGGCGGAUCUCACGCAUGCCCUUCAGGAAGAGAGAUACCGAUCGGAACGACUGGAAGAACAGAUCAACGAUCUCACAGAACUACACCAGAACGAGGUAGAAAAUUUGAAACAAACCAUCACGGACAUGGAAGAGAAAGUGCAAUACCAGAGCGAGGAUCGGUUGAGAGACAUCCAUGAAAUGCUAGAAAGCUGCCAAACGAAAAUCUGGAAGAUGGAACACCAGCAGCAGCAGCACCAACAAUACGUUACGUUGGAAGGACUGGAUAAUAGUAACGCGAGGGCAUUGGUUGUGAAAUUGAUCAAUGUCGUUUUAACCGUGCUGCAAGUAAUUCUACUUCUCGUCGCAACCGGUGCCGGUAUCAUGAUGCCUUUCCUGCGAACAAGCUGUACUAAGCCUCAUUGUUUCAUGUGCAGGGUGCGCAUACUAACCACCACUCUCGUCGUGUUGGGCGUAGUAUUCGUGCUGAAGCAGUGGCCCGAAGUGCACGACGUAGGCAGUCAUCUUAUGCGCCGCCUCAAACAGACGCUCGCUGUUAAGUAGCAUUGGUGGGAUACUUAGAUUUAAUUAACCCACUGGUGCAGCCGGGAACUGUUGAACGACGGUUUUCAAUUUUUGAAUGUCUUCAACCGAUGCAACACCGGAGCAAUAAAGAAUAUUCGCAGUGUGGUUAUUUUGUAAAAACAAGUUCAAGACAACGUACGUGUCGAUUGACUGAUAGAAACUGUUAUCACACGGAUUAUCAAGAACCCGAAGAGUCGCUCUGAAAGGCGUUCAAACUAAUAGGCGAGACACGAUAUCGACCGAGUAAAUAGUUAAUUAUAAAUUAUCGUUAAAUAAUUUUUAUUAUUUAUAUAUAUACCGAAAGUAGAUCGAUUGUACCAUACGGUUAGCCUUGUAAUGGUACUUGGAUUUCCCAGCAUUAUGACUCUUCUCUUAGCAGACGCGAAAGAGGUAUAACGAAGAUCGCGCUGAAGAUUCGCAUUUGUAAACGUCGCGUUAAACAUUAAGCUUACAAUGAAAACCGAAAAGAGACUUUGGACGUUGAAAUUCAUUUCGAACGAAUCGCGCUCAUGAUGGUUCAAGUUUUCUAUUUGAAUCGGUCCUCGGCUUACGCGAAGAGACAUUGUUCCGUGUACACGUGGCUAGCCUUAGCUGCGAAACAAAUAAUCGCAAUCGUCCAAGUGCUAAACAAUAAUGUAAAGAAUAGGUUCUUAAUGUGAAGAAGGGCACGUACAUCCUUACUCCAGUAGUUGCCACUCGGAGAAGUGUAAAGCAGUAUCGCUUAAUUAACGUUUAUUGUUAAUCGUAUGAUUGUGUACGAAAGGGGUCACGAGGAGUCGUGAAUCUAAAGGAAAACGGAAUAAUAAAACUGUGCAUUUUUGGGGCACGGUUUUAUGCGAAAUUUCGGGAUCGACCAUUUUAAAUAGGGGGAAAUAGUCAACAUCCUGAAAUUAAUGUUUGUACGUACAUCUCACGGAUAAUUAGCUCACUGCAGAUACCGAAUUUGAGUGUAUACUGCGCUUGUUUAUCGGCGAUUGUAAGGAAACGUUCCAUGACAGAUUAUUGAAAUGAGAGAAAGACUGACUGGACUAACCGAUAACAUCUUUAAUGCAACCGAGAAGCCCAGUUUUCCAAUUAGAAUUGUCGAUUCAGGGAACACGCUACACCUGAUUUUACUUUGACUCUUUCUUCAACUGGAAGGCUGGGCCUCUACUGCGGAAUGACGUGUUCUAAGGCUUCGUGAUAACAACGUACAUGUGAUGAGGUCAAUGUUAAAUUCGGCACUGUGGACCUUUAUGCACUCUCAGUAGGGUUAAUUACGUUGGAGCAAUAAUCAUUAAAUUAACACAAUUUAAUGUUCUCAAUUAUAUUCAUUGAACGCAAUUCGUUUAGUGUCUGUACGAGUCCACGCUGUUAAAUAUUUUUACAGUUAAAGGUUCAACGUUAACGACGAAACGAACGACUGGGACUGGGAUGUUAAGACUUUGGUAUAGCGAAACAAAUACUUAUUUAACAUUGAUUCCACAUUGCAUCGAUGCGAAACAUUCCCAUUGUCUAACGUUAAAUUGUUUUGCUUCGAGGAGCACUCAACGGCGUGAAUAAAAAAAAAAUUAUAUCGUUAUGACCUCUCGCGACGAGGUCCAAAGAACCAACCUUUGCACGAGAAAAUAUUUAACGCUCUGUGGGAUUGCUGUACCGAUGUAUUUACGUGCCGCAAUUUAGAUUAUGUCGCUUCGGAUAUAGCACUAAGAUACGCUAUUUACUUCUUUCAUUAUUAUAUUUACGUAAUUGCCACGUAUCUCUCCAGCACGAAAAAUCAUACGAUCGUAUUAGUUUUUCACCGGAUUGCAUUGGGUUUACAGAGGUGAUAGGACUUAUUAUACAAACAAUAUUUAAACCGCCGUUGCUCAAGCUCGUCUACACUUUUUCAGCUGUGAACACUUCUCGAAAUCUCUUGAAAAAAUUUCCGCGUUGUACUAAUAAAAACCGAGCACUUCCACCAAGGCGAUGCACAAAUUCAGUAUUACACGCGCGAUAUAUUGUUAAAUGCAAUGAAAGGAUUUUUCAUCGUGACAUUGUUUCAAAUACAACUCGGCUGAUCAUCAUGCGACUACUCACCCUAUGUAUAGCUUCAUUGCCAUUCAUUAUAUAAAUAAAUAUUAUUUAUUAGAACUGGACGUUUCUUUUGCUUAUCGCGUCUUGAUGCUCGCGGAUCAUUAGUUUUGCUGCAUUAAGCGCGAUUAAUGACCGCGUUUUACAUACUUUGAGAUAGAUGCAAUAUACUCGCAACAUGGAUACGUAGUAAAAAAUCUUUCAUUGUCUGGAGCUACAUAAGUUAAAGAUGUGUAAAUAAUUUAUUGAUAUCGAGCGUCGUUAAGGCAGAAAUUUUAUCUUAUUUUAUACUAGAACGUACGAUUACGUUUUCGCUUGUAAUGGCAGACACGUGGCUUCUAAUUUUUAAUGGUUAUCGAGCGAUUACGCGAGGUGGCUUCGACAAAUGGGAAAUGUUAAAACACUUCUCGUUGGUGCAUGAGAUAACGUGCAGAAGAGAAACGACCCGCUAUUAGAAAAGUCGGAAACUUUCCUCGGCGAAUACCCUUUCUUCGUAGCUGCAAAGGCUUUUAACACGUUCAUUGAUUUUAUCCGCUUCCCUCGGAGAAAUGGAGGCUACUUUAUCGUUAGAAUAGUCGAUUAAAAGUACUCUAAAGCCAAAUUUCUGUGUUCCUAAUAAGUUUAUCGUUGCUCUCUUAAAUUUUGUAUAUUCCGAUUGCUGUGACUACGCUAAGUCCCUCGACUUGAAACUUAGUCCGCUAAGAAUCGUUUCUGGGAUCAAUAUUAUAACCGUAUUGAGAUAUCGAGGCAACAUUUAUCGUGUAUCUGCCAAAUAUUUAUAAUUUUCUAUCGAGCUAUAUGUCAAGCCACGUUCACGCGUUGUCUGACCGAAUAUGCGUACAUAGGACGAAGCAAACGGUGAUAUACAUAUGUACACACACAUUAAUGUACACCAGUUUUAAUUGUAA